GACCCUUUUUACGUCCCACUUAUGUUUGAGGAGGUGCUUGUAGAAGCGCAGUCCCUAUUGGAUGCCGCGAAUUUUGCUGAUGGUGAGGAGUCUGCUCCACAAUCUGUGUGGUCUGCUAGAGUUGAAUGUUAUAUGCGUUUGUGCCACAAAGUCGAAAUUUGGCUUCAAGAGGGUGCUGAUAUCUGUCCUCCUCCUACCCAACUGCUCAUCAUUCUCGGGGGCAUCCUGGGUAACGGUAUAACUUCAGCAAAGUUGUACACAUCUGAAGACUUAAAGGAAGUGGUCUCCCAUUCGCUUAAAUCGCUUCAGCUUCAUUGUGGAGUGCGAUCGAUACGAGAGUUACUCCUAUUACAACCGCGCAUAUCUUCUCACCCUCCUGCCGAAACCUUGGCAAUACAGUUUCUGCGACUUUGUAUCGCUCGUGUUGCUCGUCUUCCCACCGACAGAAGAUUGACAACUCCGUGGGACACUUGUCCUCUUUAUCGCGAUGCCUUAGUGUGGCUAACCGAUCAACUUGAUUAUCCUGAAAUCAGUGAAGAGGAAUUUAUUGGUGCCUUUCAACCCCUCGGACUACAACUGACUUCGGACUACAGGGAAAGUUUACAGCUAGCUGGCUUCCAGCUGCUCCAGCAACUGGCUCACAAGGCCCGCGUGGCCGACUGGCGACAGAAUAAUCGGGCCGAAGCCGUGCUUUUUCAGUUAUUUGAACACCGCAUAACAAGUAACCCAAACUCUUCGGAGCAGGUUGUUUGCAGCGCAUACAAAACCAUGUUUGACAUGGUUCGUUUGUUGCCAGAAAAGGUUAGAGCAGGAUGGAACAUCAAGUUAACUGAUCGUCUUCUUCUUGAUUUGAUCAUGGAGACGCGUAAAAAUAAGCAAGCAACCCUGUUGCAUCUUUUACUGAAACAGAUGCAAUAUCUUCAGCUCGGCUUCAUUGCUCACAGUCGUCAAUUUUUUCGCGCAUAUUCUAUCAUUAUGCUUGGUCCACGAACUCCAGAUUGCCUCAUGAACUCCGUUGCGUCCGUGGAGCAAGAUGUAACGGUAUACUUGCUAAUGCUUCAAUGUGUACAACUGUUCCUUCGAUUGGCUUGGCCGUUGGCUGGUGCGAUGUUUCUUCCGGACUUAAUCCCACCUCUUGUUGCAUUUGUGGAUUUGGAGUUUGAGCGCGCCAAACAGUCGUCUCCCGUAGGCACUCCUCCUUCACAUAUACUGCCCAUCUUCGAGCAGAUUAAGGCUAUUUUGUCUAUGCUUUCAACUAUUCAACCAAAAUUGUUGGGUUUACUUGAAUCUGUCUGUGAAUAUUCACCAUCAUUUGCCAAAUUAGUUCCUUUGCCUUGAUAAUAUCAAACGAUACUCCGAUA